UCCCUCGGCCGGGACCAUCCUUAUUAGGCGCUGCGGGAAGCGGCGGCUGUGGCGGUGCCGGGCCCGCCCGCCGGGAGCGCCGCCUCCUCCGGCCGCGCCGCGCACGCCGGGACCGGCCCUGCCCGGCCUUGCCCAGCGCCGCUACCCGGGCCUGGCCCGGCCCGGCCCCGCCGGCACCAUGCAGGAUCCAAAUAAAGACACGGAGUGGAAUGACAUUCUGCGCAAGAAAGGGAUCCUUCCUCCAAAGGAAAACCUGGAGGAACAGGAACGGGCAAAGGAAGAGGAGCAGUUUGCCAUCCUUCAGAAAUCUCUGGUGAAGACUUAUGAGGACAUGACUCUGGAAGAGCUAGAAGAGAAUGAAGAUGAAUUUAAUGAGGAAGAUGAGAGAGCUAUUGAAAUGUACAGGCAGCAAAGGUUAGCAGAAAUGAAGGCAGCUCAAAUGAAGAAUAAAUUUGGGGAAGUCUUGGAGAUUUCGGGAAAAGAUUAUGUUCAAGAGGUUACAAAAGCUGGAAAAGGUAUAUGGGUAGUCUUACACCUCUACAAACAAGGAAUUCCACUCUGUGCCUUAAUAAAUCAACAUAUGAGCGGGCUUGCGAAGAAGUUCAGAGAUGUGAAAUUCAUCAAAGCCAUCUCUACCACCUGCAUUCCCAACUACCCUGAUAAGAACCUGCCCACGAUAUUUGUGUACCUGGAGGGAGACAUCAAAGCUCAGUUCAUUGGGCCUUUGGUGUUUGGUGGCAUGAACCUGACAAGGGAUGAAUUGGAGUGGAAGAUUUCUGAGUCGGGUGCCAUCAAGACUGACCUCGAAGAGAACCCCAGGAAGCAGAUCCAGGACCAGCUCAUGUCCUCAAUCAGGGCAUGUGUCCCAGCCAGAGGGGAGAGUGACUCAGAGGAUGACUAAUUCCUGCGUCUGCAGCCGGAUUGAUGCUGUGCACUGGCAGCCAGUGCUCCCACCUCAGGCACUGGAGACACUCCUCAAGGCCUUGCUGAGCCCCAGAAGGGUAGCCUUUCAAGACAUUCAUUCUAGAAACCUGUAGAAACUAAAAACAUUUCUGUUUUUUAAAAAUUGCAGCUUCACUUAAGAUGCUGAAAGACAUUUUGUAUAGUGAAGCCUGGGUAAAUCUUACUCAAAGGUUUUAAAAUACAGAUAUGAGUUGAAACA